CAUUCCCCUGACAGGCUGUGGGGAGAGCUUGGCAGGAGAGGGGGAGAGCUGAGACACUCCCCUGACAAGCUGUGGGGGGAGCUUGGCAGGAGAGGGGGGAGUUGAGACACUCCCCUGACUGGCUGUGGAGAAACAGAGUCCCCCUCAUAGGCAGCAGGGCUGGAGAGGGGUGAGCCCAGGACCUGAGUGCAAUUGCCUCUGCGCUGGGAGAAGUCCUAGCCCCUGUCAGCCUGGGCCUCACUAUGGGUCUGGAUGAGCCCUGGAUCUCGCUCCUGCUGAUGGUUGGCACCAUGAUGUUGGUAGGAGGGUGCCGGAAGCUAACCCGACGCCAAAUGCACUCCCGACGCCUUCAGCCUCGCACGUUUCUCCUGGAGCUGUUUGCCACUUUCCAAAUCUGUGCCUGCACCAAUGAGCUCCGGCUGCUGGCCAAUGUGCAGCCCAAGCCACACGUUGCCCUCACCCUCACCUAUGUUUUUACUGUCCUGCAUGGAUUGACUCUGACUGGCAGCACAUGCAACCCCUGUGGCACCCUGCAACAAAUCUUGGAUGGUGGGAUCUCGGUCAAACAGGGCGGGCUGAAGAUUGGAGCCCAGUUUGCUGGUGCAGUGCUGGCCAGAAUUUACAUGCACCGUAUCUGGUCCAUGGGGAUCAUCAAGGUGCACUCUGAGGCACUGGCCGAGGGCUGCAGUAAUCCUAUCCAAACCACCGAGACCCAGGCUUUUUGCAUAGAGCUGCUCUUCUCCACUGUGUUCCAGCUGACCAUACUGCAAUUUGAGGCAGUUAAACCCAGGCUCAGAGUCCACCUAAUUGCUCUUCUUAUUACUAUGCUGGUGUAUGGAGGUUAG